AGUUUAUUCUCUAUGCCUAUAAUCCAACGCAAUCUCCGUUAAUGUACAAAAGUUGAUUCAGUAGUUCAGUUGGACUUUUAAGGAUGUCUCGUUGUUUAGUUUAAAAGCCGUGGUAUUGUUCACGGCGUGACGAAGAGUUGUCAACAGGCAAAUUGCGAAGCUUCUCACCUCAGAAGAAACAGCUUAGGCUAUGAAAAAGAGCUGCAAAACUUGACAGCAUUCAGACACGCACCCACAAUACCACAGCGUAUGUUUGACAGUUUAGAUUGUAUCGGAGACAACAAAAAUGUAGAAAAUUCUGCGUAUAGGCCUUGUUUAGCAGAAACAUCUUUAUUGUUUGAUAAAAAAACUAUUAUUUUGGACUUCAACUUAAAUUUAUUCAGCUGAAAUGCAGCAGGAGCGGUUACUCAAAGUCCUUGUCAUUGGAGAUUUAGGUGUGGGGAAAACGUCGAUAAUAAAGCGUUACGUCCAUCAGGUUUUUUCUCAACAUUACCGCGCUACUAUCGGUGUUGACUUUGCUCUCAAAGUCUUGAAUUGGGAUCACCAGACCGUCAUACGACUGCAGCUUUGGGACAUUGCGGGACAAGAGAGGUAUGGCAACAUGACACGUGUGUAUUACCGAGAGGCUGUAGGUGCGCUGGUGGUUUUCGACAUGACGCGCUCCUCCACCUUUCAAGCUGUAUUGAAAUGGAAAAAGGAUCUUGAUUCCAAAGUUGCACUUGGCAACGGACGGCCUCUGCCAGCUGUUCUGUUGGCCAACAAGUUUGAUCAGAAUUCAUAUGGUUUAUGUUCAAAAUUGCCAAAACUUGAUAGUUUUUCAAGGGACCAUGGUUUUGUGGGUUGGUUUGAGACAUCUGCCAAGGACAACACAAACAUUGAUGCAGCCAUCAUGUGUCUUGUCAAAAAUAUAAUGGCCAUUGACGUGGAGGACAUUCCUGUGGAUUCAGACUCCAGUGUACUGGUCCUGCCUGCCUUUGAUUAUAACCUGCGAGAGCGCAGUAGCCCUAGCUGCUCUGUCUGCACCAAAUUCCACUCUAGUAGAAAACCUCACAGUGAAUUAUAGAGAGAGACGAUUAUAGAGAAAACAGAAAAAGACAAAACGGUCACACCCUUUGUUCGGCCUAGUUUUUGCUGAACUAAGCCUUUGUGGGAAAGACAAGACAUAACAUUCAACGUUACAUCCUAACAUUUCUCGAAUCAGCCUCAAAACCAAGAUACAAAAUUGCAUAUUACUUAUUGCUUUUGAUGU